UCUCUCUCUCUCUCUCUCUCCCUCUCUCUCUGCGGAAUGCGCACUGCACUGGCGGGUGAGCAGAGAUUCGGGCGUUACAGUGGGAUCGAGAUCUUCUCUCACUCAGUCCUCGCUUGACUGCUCAGGUUUAGGCAGAGUGCCUUCGGAAUCAAUCUUAAGCAGUCUUUCAUUUAAAAAAACUUUCUGUAGAGCCACAAAAGAUCGUUUAACCCUUUCCACACAGUAUUUAAGGCUUGAAUAGCUCUUUAUUACUCUCAAAGAGAGUGCUAGCCCCGAGGAGUUGUCUCUGUGAGCGCACAUUUAGUCCAGGAAAAUGGCCAAGGAUGACAAGAACGGCUGGAAGGAGUUCUUCUGGAACCCGAGGACCCGCGAGUUCUGCGGGAGGACCGCGAGCAGUUGGGGUCUGAUUCUGCUGUUUUAUCUGGCAUUCUACAUAUUCCUGGCUGGAUUGUUUACUCUCACCAUGUACGUAAUGCUGCAGACCCUCGAUGACCACAGACCAACAUACCAGGACAGACUUUCAACUCCAGGGAUGAUGAUCAGACCUAAAGGAGAGCAGCUGGAGAUUGCUUAUACCACCGAGUACACAGAGACCUGGGAAAGAUACGUGCAGGCUCUCAAUAACUUCCUCUCACCCUACAACGACACAGUCCAGACACAGAAGAACUAUGAGUGUAAACCGGAUCAGUUUUUCAUCCAGGAGGACAGCGGCGGUUUGAAGAACUUUCCCAAACGUUCCUGCCAGUUCAAGCGCUCUAUACUGGAGAAAUGCUCAGGGAUCACGGAUCGCUUCUAUGGUUACGAUGAAGGCAAACCCUGCAUCAUCAUCAAGCUCAACCGUGUGAUCGGUCUGUUGCCUGCUAAGGACGGUCAGCCUCCUUAUGUCACGUGUGGUGCGAAGAAAUACAAAGUUGGGAAAGAUGAGUGGACUGAUGAUUCAGAUAAACUUGGUGAACUGGCAUACUAUCCCCCUAAUGGCACCUUCAACCUCAUGUACUAUCCAUACUAUGGCAAGAAAGCGCAGGUGAACUACUCUCAGCCUCUAGUGGCCGUUAAGUUCCUCAACAUCACCAGGAAUGAGGACGUCAAUGUGGAGUGCAAAAUCAACUCCAACAACAUUCCCGAAGGCAGUGAACGAGACAAGUUUGCUGGACGAGUUUCCUUCACACUGAGGAUCAACUCCAGAGAUUGAACAGACAAGAGUGUUUGUUUUUUUUUUUUGCACGCACACACAUACAUAUGCACACACCGGUCCUCCCAUCUAAUAGUUUACAACAACGUGUGGAAGGAACAGCUAGUAGUCCGACAGAACAAAGAAUAAUAGUACUCUUUUAGACUUUGAGACUAGUAAGGUUGCAAAUAGUAAGCAGGAUUUUUUGUGCAUAUUAAAUCAGUGUGUGUGUGUGUGUGUGCGUGUGAGUUCAGAGUACAGUAUUUAUUUUUUGAACCAAAAUUUGAAUUGCAUGCUCAGCUAGCAGAGCUGGUGAUUAAAAAAAUAAUAUACUAUUCUGGUCAAGCAACCUUACCUAGUAUCUUUUAAAAAAUACCUUUUUCUUUACUAAGUAUCUGUUCAUUUUGUUCAAUUUUUAAUUUCGGAGCAGGCGUCAAUGAGGUAAUGUGCUUGGCUGGCAUAAUCUCAUGUGUGUUUGGAGAAUCUCUAGAGUUCUGGGACUGUUUGGCACUUGUGUCUCAGUCUGAUUUGUGAGGAGGAUAGUUUAGUUUGCACCGACAUAAAGGUAACACUGCGCAUGUCAGCUCUAGCAAACACCAAAACAACACAACUUGACACAUUCACAAACAUUUCUGCAUUCCUCACAGUUUGGCUCAGACUGAACUCUGAAGUGUGUCACGUUUCAUUUCUCAUGAGGCGUUUUUUGUUUAAGUUUGUUUAUAUGUAUAAAUAGGUAUUUUGCAGUAUUUCCUUUCUUUGGUUUCUCCUUUUUUCUUUUAUUUGCAUGUGUUACCCAGUUUGUCUCACAUGGUGAUGGGAUGUAAGGUUUUGUAUUGAUCUGCACCAACAGAAAGGAUUACAGCAGGUCUGGGUUCAGUUUGAAAUCUGAAUGAUACAGUAGGUAGAAGAAGUGUGGUGUGUGUGUGUGUGUGUGUGUGUGUGUGUGUGUGUGUGUGUGUGUGUGUGUGUGUGUGUGUGUGUGUGUGUGUGUGUGUGUGUGUGUGUGUGUGUGUGUGUGUGUGUGUGUAUGUGCGUGAGAAAGAGAUUACAUUUGGAUUCCUGCAUGUGCAUGUGUGAUUUUUUUGAUUUCAUCUCAUUUGUGUUAAACUUUGUGCACAAUUUACUUUCUGAGUAUUUUUGACUUUUGUUGUAAGUGACUUUGAGCAUAAGCAUAGAGACAGAUCAGAUAGAGUGACUAGGAGCAGGGACAGCAGAUUUAUGUUUCGAAGUGAAUCCAUCCCUGCAUGAGUCAAUAAAACCAAAAAACAUGGUCACCAA